UCCCCUAAUUCUGUAUCGAAGAGUGCGGUCGGACUGUCAGAGUUGGAGUGGAACUCUGUUAUUCUAGUAUAGCGUAAAUUUCAAUCGUGUAUCUAAAAUCGUAUGAAGCAGUUUUGAAAAAAUAAAAUAAUUUUGGUUAUCUUCACAUAGAAGACUUUGUGAGAUAUAUUUCAAAGUAAUUGCAUUUUCUACGAAGUUAAUCUAAUAUUGCCUGAAUAUCUCUCAAAAUGUAUAAAUGGAAAAGGAAGAUACAGCACCAAAGCUAUCAAGAUAAUGAUCGCCAUUCAGAUUUCAAACUGCCCAAAGUAUUUCAAAACGCAGGAAAUGCCAAAACAAGAGCAGAAGAUUAUUCUUUCCAUAUAUUUGUACGUUCCUCAAUGCUGGCAUCAUCUAUGGAAAGAAAUUCAAUUGGAAAAAUUCAAAUAUCUCCAGCAAAGCUAAUUGAAAUCAAUAAUUUAUUGAAGCAUCUUCCACCUAUAGAGGAUGUUCCAUAUGAGAGGAUGGUUAAUUCCUUGUUUAAAGUCCAUUUUCUUGAAAAACGUACGAUUACAUUGGACCAGAAACAGGAUUUCUUUUUAGAAAAAUUAGAAAGGAAAUCUGAUAUAGAUCAUGAAUUAUUUUCCACAUAUAAUAAACGAUAUGAAGAUCGAGAGUUUUUAGCGAUGUAUGAAAAACGUAAAAGAUUGCCAUCAUUUGAAAAAAGAAACCAAAUAGUUAAUAUGGUGAAGAGCAAUCAAGUAGUUCUUAUAAGUGGAGAGACAGGCUGUGGCAAAACUACUCAAGUCCCUCAGUUUUUGCUUGAUGAAUACAUCAGUUCUUAUCAGGGAUCUCUGUGUAAAAUAAUCUGUACCCAGCCUAGGAGAAUAAGUGCCAUUUCUGUUGCUGAAAGAGUGGCUGCAGAAAGAGGAGAAGAUCUAGGGAUAAGUGUUGGUUAUCAAAUUCGUUUGGAUAGGAUCCUUCCCCGUAAAUAUGGUUCUAUUCUUUUUGUUACAACUGGUAUCAUCAUAAGACUGAUGGAAUCUGACCCAUCACUCAACACUAUUUCACAUUUGAUAAUUGAUGAAAUUCACGAAAGAGAUAUACACUCAGAUUUUCUACUCACCUUGGUGAAACAACUUAUAGUGAAGAGAACAGAUCUGAAAGUAAUACUUAUGAGUGCAACUUUGAAUGAGAAGCAAUUCAAGGAAUAUUUUGAUAAGUGCUGUCAUGUAGAAAUCAAGGGUCUCUCUCAUCAUGUCGAGGACUAUUAUUUGGAAGAUAUUUUAAAUAGAUUGAAUUAUUUUUUUCCAUCUAGUGCUUCAAGAACAGAGAGUAUGGAACGAAACACUAUGAUAUUUCAGACUAAAGUCAAGCCUUAUAUAAGUGAUGUAUUAGAAGGCCGUUAUCCAUAUGCAGUGUGUAGAGAACUUAAGAAACCACAUAGUGAAGAGCUAAACAUUGAUUUAAUCUUUAAACUGGCAGUGGAUAUCAGUCGAAAUGAAAGAGAAGGCUCUAUAUUAAUUUUUGUUACUGGCUACGAUGAUAUAAACAAAUUAUUUAACCGUUUCUAUGAUUUACCUGAAGACGAUUUCUUUGUUGUAGCCUUGCAUUCCGAAAUAGAAAUGGAAAAUCAAAUAAGAGUAUUCGAACCAUCACCACCUGGAGUACGAAAAAUAAUAAUUUCAACAAACAUUGCAGAAACAUCUAUCACAAUUGAUGACGUGGUGUAUGUUAUAGAUUCAGGAUGGGCAAAAAUAAAGGUAUACGAUCCUAAGACGAACACUGAAAAUUUACAACCGAGAUUCAUCUCAAAAGCUAAUGCUAUUCAAAGAAAAGGUAGAGCCGGUCGUUUGAGAGAAGGAAAAUGUUUUCAUCUCUACACUAAAGCGCGGUUUGAAAAUUUCUACGAGUUUCAGCGGCCAGAGAUAUUGAGGUGCAGGCUGGAAAGUUUAAUGUUGCAGAUGAAAUUCCUUCAGCUGGGGAAGGUUACAAGUUUUUUCAAUAAAAUGAUCGAUCAUCCAGAUAGUACUACGGUUGCAGCAUCUUUGAAAUUAUUGAAUGCGCUCGGUGCUUUGGAUGAAGAAGAAAGCUUGACGCCUUUGGGAUUCUACUUGGCGAAGCUUCCAAUCGCUCCCCAACUUGGAAAAAUGUUGUUACUUGGAGUAUUCUUCAAUUGUUUGGAACCUAUAAUGAAUAUUUCUGUAUGUUUGGAUUACAAAAGUCCUUUCAAUCUAGUUUUGAGAAGAAAUAACCAGUCGCGUGAACUUGAUCCAAGGAUAAUCGAGUUUGCUGAAGGCAUUAAAAGCGAUCACUUAUUGUUGCAUAAGGCAGUUUUCCUCUAUCAGAAAUUUGAUAAAAGAACAAGACAGCAAUAUUGCGAAAAAUAUAAUAUUAAUUCCACCGUUCUGGAUAUGCUAAAAAAAUUGAAGGUUGAAUUUAUGGAAAAUCUACUGUCGUUGGAACUUGUGCAAACAACUGAUUCAAACUUUAAAGAGUUAAAUACUAAUUCUACAAAUAUUGAGUUGGUGAAAUCAAUUGUUUCUGCAGGUCUAUAUCCAAAUCUACUUCUUGCCUGUACAAUAUCAGGACAGCCAAAAGUGUUGUUCAAAACAUUGGAUGAUACUAAGGUCGUUCUUCAUAAGAAAUCGAUUCUGUCAUGCGACAGAUUCUUUUCAUGUCCUUUACUUGCAUACUAUAACAAGUUAAAAACUAAUCUGGAUAUGGUAUUUGAUGUCACAGUAUGUUCCCCUUUACCUGUGAUAUUUUUUGGAGAUAAGUUUCGAAUUGAAAAGACUAUGCAUGAUAAUUACAUCAAUGUUAACAAACUGAGGUUCACCUGUGAUAAGAACACUUCAAGUAUUAUCGAACAACUGAGAGCUCAUCUUGAACACUACAUUUUGUUUCGGUUAACACAACCUGGAUUAAUGUUGCCAGCCAAUACCGACAAAUUUCUGAAAAUCAUGGUUGAUAUAUUGGCAAGUCCAGAAGUAUAAGUAGUUUGCAUUACAUAUAUUUCAGUUAUAAAUUUCGUGUUUAAUAAAUGUUUAUUCUGUGGAUAAAUUUCUAUAUUUAUUAUAUUAUUCUUUUAGCAAGUAAAUAAGCAAAGGAA